UAAAACCCUAAGCCGCCUAAACCCAUGCUGUGUCGCCAUUGAGUCAGAUUAGGUGUCGCAAAUGAGUCCGAUCUAGGUACAGUUUGUUGUCGCCAAUGAGACCCUUGCCAUGUUUGAAGGUUGCAUGUGGAGCGAAAGUAGGAGUCUUGACCCUCGCAUGGGACAUGGUGACAUGGUGACCAUAUUAGCCGGUGAGCUCAAGAAUCGUUUCAAUCCAGAGAUCAUGAGUCAAACAUUGGCAGCCAGCACGCUCGGUGUGUUUGUGUGUGUGUGUGCGAAGGGAAUCUGAAGAAUGGAAACAUGUCUCCUGUCAGUGAGGCGUGUUGCGGUGGACUUUGGGCUUGCAUUGUUUGCAUCCUCUCCCUGCCGUCGCUGGCAUACACCUUCGCCAAUACCUUGCCACGCGAGAACACACUGGUGGAGAAUCAAGCUUGGCUACAGUUUUCACACAAGCACCUGUCCUUUGCUUCAGGAUUUUGUUCGAAGCAUCAUGUUCGUGUCUCUUGCAUCUUACCAGCACGGUGGCAUAGUCAGAAGCCGAUUUGGGCCAUCAUAGCGGCUGACACCCCGCACUGAUUUAAUCCAAAAGGGAUUCCCCGCUAAGCACAAAGCUGCAGAAUCUUGAAACGAAUGGACCCUUUGCUGAUUUGCAGGGAUCCACACUCAAUCACACACACGUGCGUAUUUAUCCAAAAAGCGCAAUUGGAAUUAUAUGAGACUUACACCGGACCAUCCUCGCUUUCCCUGUUGACACCGGACCAUGAUCAGAGUUCUUGCGCAGGCAAGCUGCUUUGGCCAUGCUUUCAGUUGACCUGAUCAUCACUCAGCGCUUGGCCGAACGCUUUAGCCGUUGGGCCAACAUGCGCCGAUCCUUGUUGCUGAUGGCUGCGCGUUUGGCGACCAUGUGGCUAUAUGCCACAGUGUGUGCCAUCGUGCUGAACGAGCAGUGCAUGAGAGGAUGGACAAAAUUUUGGAAAGUGUGCGAUAAGGCAUCAGAUUCCUACAAGGAGUUCAACAUCACUUUGGGGCAUAACUAUUUGCUGAAUCCAACCAUCGAUUUGUGCGCGGCCAAUGGCCGCUGGAGCCAUCAUGGAGCUUGUAUGCGCUCGGUGAUUGAGACCCUUGCGCCGUUAUUUCUUCAGAAGAUCUUGCAACGCGCUUUCAUCCAGCCUGUGAUGAUGUUUGUGGUGUGGGCCUUCUCCAAGAAUGUGGAAGGCAAGCUCAUCUUGAAGUCAACCUACUUUCCGAUUUGUACCAGCAGAGGAUUGGACCGUGCACGCCAAGGAUCUUUGCUGGUGACCUUGGCGGAGCUGGCUUUGCUGUGGGGAGCCUUUGUGCCUUUGCUGCUUCCUGCAGUGCUGUUGGCCACUACGACUAACCUCAUGGUCUUCCGCCUCGGUCAGAGCCACUUCAAGGCCAAGGUUCCAGAACUGCGGGAGACCGACGACUACCGAGAUGCAUGCAUGUCUCCAGGCUAUCUGCGCAGCUGCCUGGGCGUUCUUCUCUUCAGUCAAAACUUAUAUGCCUGGACGACUGGGAUGCAUGGCGCCUCCUUGCUGUUGCUCGCAGCUGCUGCAUACAUCUUCGAGCUCGUGUGCGUGGGCAUCGCAUGCAUGGGCUGCAGGUCGGCCAGGUCUGCCUCUCCAGAGCAAAUUGAGAUGAUGGACAGAGGAUGGACCAUCUUCCGAAUGCCUUCAUGAGAGCCGAGAGUGAGAUCCACCACUGAGACCGAUGCUUCACUGGUCUUUUCUCAAGAGCAUUCAAGAGCCAUCUUGCUGGAGACCGAGACUUGCAGGAGACUGUGGAGAGCCGUGACAACACGUGGGCCAAGAGACAAACUGGUACCUGGAGAGACAACACAGGAGACUGAGACGCUGCUUCGAUGUUUACCAGCCAGAACCAUCACCGAUCCCAAGAUCCAGGUCACCGGAGAUUCGUUCAGGUCCCAAAGCAACGAGGAGAGGGAUGGACUCGGUCGACCUGAGGACCCCUGAUCUUCGGAGAGAAUGCGAAGGAGAGGUGUUUCCCGGUCGCACGGCCAUCGCCACGGUGCACCGCCACGGUGCAUCCGAAAAGCGAGCUUGAUGUUGACGUGGGCGUGAAGGUGAAGGUGUGCGGAGAACGACUUGGAAAAGAACUUGCCAUGGGAAAAAGAAUCAG